AUGGGUAAGCCACUCAGCAGGCCAGACUGUUUAAGGCAGAACCCCAUCUGCCUGGGGAAAGGAGAGGAAGAGGAUGGCUAUAUAGAGGAUUGCUAUGUUCCACAGCGAUCUAUAUAUGAUACAAUGAGGAUAAAUGAACAAAUUGACCAGGGGUCAAAGCUUAAUCAGACUUCAAAAAGCACCAUGGAAAAGAUAGAAGGAAGUACUAUAUCCAGCAAUGGUACAUUAGGAGCAGCAGCUAAUGUUUUUGAAUCCAGAGCACCAGAAGGCAAAAAGUUGGAUGAGAGAAUAAUAUUUGAUGCACUAAAGCUAAGCAGUGAUGUGCAGAAGUCAGCACCUGUGCCACCCAGAAGGCGGCCAAAUGCAGAACGCAAAGACAAUGUUAACAGGAGAUCAUGGAAGUCCUUCAUGCCACCGAAUUUCCCAGAAUUUGCAGAAAGGAUGGAAGCUUCUCUCAGUGAGGUUUCCGAAGCUGGUGCUUCAAAUCCUUGCUUGCAAGAGAAGAAGGAAUCCAGUUCUGCAUUAACAGAAAGUUCUGGUCAUUUGGACCACAGGGAACCUCAGUCAGAGUCCGUAACUCUGGAACAUGUGUCCAAAUCCAUAGGUAUUCCAGAAGGACAGGAUGUGAAAACUUUAGGUGGAGAUUGCCAAGACUUCAGAUUUCAGCAGCACAGUGAGAUCUCUCCCAGUGAAUUCCAGCCUCUGGAGUCAGAAGCUGCAGCAGCAAGUGGUAACACAGAUGUAAUGCAGGAACACAGAUUCUCGAGUGCAACCUGGCCCAGAGCCAUGAAAUGUUUGGCUAAGGGAGGCUUUGGCGAGAAGCAGCACCCUCUUCAGGACACAGGUUGCACUGUAGAAAUGCCACCUCUCUCCCCUUGUCUGAGUGAAGAGCUGUUGGAUCCAGAGUUGCGUAUUCUCAUAACCCCCAGCCUGAGAGAGAAAACAGAGUCUGAGCUAAAGUUUGAGGAGGAUGAGCGAUGGAUCAUGAUGGAGGCUGAGGAGGAUUGGGAGGAAGAGAAACUGUCAGAGAGAGGAAAGACUUUUCUAAUGGCAGAUGAGGAAAAGAACAGCCUGGCAGAUGUUUUCGAAGAAAGAGAGCAAGCAAACACUGUAGCAGUGGUGGAGGAUGGAGCCGACUUCUCAGCUGCUGUCUUGGGGACUUUUGACCACCUAGCUCUUGGUCAGAUCUGUUGUUCUGAUGACCCACAGCCAGCUAAGAACCUUUUGGCGUCUGUUUUCAAGGAUGCAUCGCUCGAUUACAGUUGUGUCCUAACAGGUGAGAGUGCUGUAGGAGAACUGAGAAACAGAAUUGCUCAGGGGCUAGAGGGUCUUGUUUCAGAUUUAGAAUGCACUGUUGGUCCUGCCGAUUCAGAACAGCUCUCUGACACAGAUUCAGUGCAGAUGUUUCUUGAACUUGAAAAGGAGUGUUUAUGUGAAGAAGGAGUAACUCCUUUAGUUGAGCUGGAGACUCAAGCCUCUUCUGAAGGGCUGGCCCCAUCCCAGGAUGCAGAAAAUUCACUUGUAAUUAGUCAUUUUCCAGGGGCUGCCUUAGAAAAGGAGCAUGUAGGCCUUUUAAAGGUAAGAGCAAAGGACUCUGAUCCUGGGUUGGAUUGUGACUAUUUUAAUGCCCUGGAUUCUUCUCAGGUGCCUAGUACUUUGGAACUUACUGCCUACUCUGAUACCGUGAGGGACGCUUUCACUGUUAGUGAGGAGGAGGGUGAAAAAGUGCCUUUUAGCCCCGAGACUUCAGGGGAAUUUAACUUUAGACACCCAGCUGAUCUGGAGUCACCAGGAAAGCCCGACCCAGGAGGAUUGUCCAACUCUGAUCACAGGGCUUCUCAUGAAGAAAAUGUAUCAGGCUUUGAAGCCAAGCUGGCCAAAGAAAAUGGCAGUUUGUCCCAGCUGGACUGUAGUGAAGUUGAGGGGAAUGCUGAGGAGUGUGUGGAGAGAGUCUCCCUCAGUUCUGCUGUUAGCUAUGAACUAAUAGAUGUUACCUCAGGAUCUGAAGUAGAGGCGUUACCAUAUGAUUCACAUUUACUAACAGAUGAGAUUCAUUGGGAAGGUGAGAAAGGAGCUAUUAAUCAAGGAAAUAACAGUCUGACUUCCUUGGGAGAUGUGGACCUUUGUGAAUUGUUGUCCGUGGAAGGAGCUUGUGAUGAGGAUGGUGAAGCACAGGCACUGGGUUAUGAUGCCAGGCUGAAGGACCGAGCCCCAGCACAUCUUCCUGGAGACCUCCCAGAGUGGGUCUCCCAGGAUCUCCAGAGGAAGUCCCCAGAGUCAGAGAUCCUGAGUCUGCACCUGCAGGUUGGAGGACUGGGACAUAGCAGAGAUGGAGUGGAAACUGUGAAUCACAUAAAGCCCAAGCUGAAUGUGGCCUCAUUGGAGGGAGGGGAAACAGAAAUGAGAGAUUCAGAUUCAUUGCUAAAUAUCCUUCUGGAGGAACAAGUUACCAAGGCUAGUAAUACGGAACCAGUUUUGGAGGAAUGGAUGCCCAUCCCACAGAAGCCUGACCCAACUGCUGCAGUGCCCACUGUAGAAGAAGAUGCCCUAGAUGCUGCAGUGCCUGCCCCAGAGGGAACUGCUAGAGCUGCUCUUACAGUGCCCUUCCCAGAGGAUGUACCUGUUGUUCCAGUGGCCAUCAUGGAGGCACAUGUCCCAGCUGCUGCAGUAUCAGCCACAGAGAGGGCUGCUGCCCCAGCUGUUGCAGUGCCUGCUCCUGAGGGGACUGCUCCACCUGCUUCAGUGGCCAUCACAGAGGAGGAUGUACUAGCUGUUGCAGAAUCCUCCCUGGAGGGGACUGCUCCAGCUGUUGCAGUGCCCACCCCAGAGGAGGCUGCAGCCCCAGCUGCUGCGGUGCCCACCACAGGGGAGCUUGCAGCUCCCACUACUGUGGUGCCCACCCCAGAACAGCCUGCUGCCCCAGCUGCUGCAGUGCCCACCCAAGAGGAGCCUGCAGCUCCCACUACUGUGGUGCCCACCCCAGAGGAGGCUGCCGCCCCAGUUGCUGCAGUGCCCACCCCAGGGGAGUUUGCAGCCCUAGCUGCUGCAGUGUCCACCCCAGAGGAGGCUGCAGCCCCAGCUGCUGCAGUGCCCACCCCAGGGGAGUUUGCAGCCCUGGCUGCUGCAGUGUCCACCCCAGAGGAGCCUGCUGCCCCAGCUGCUGCAGUGCCCACCCCAGGGGAGCUUGCAGCCCCAGCUGCUGCAGUGCCCACCCCAGGGGAGCCUGCCACCCCCGCUGCUGCAGUGCCCACCCCAGGGGAGCCUGCCACCCCCGCUGCUGCAGUGCCCACCCCAGUGGAGCCUGCCGCACCUGCUGCUGCAGUGUCCACCCCAGUGGAGCCUGCCGCCCCAGCUGCUGCAGUGCCCACCCCAGGGGAGCCUGCAGCCCCAGCUCCUGCAGUACCCACCCCAGGGGAGCCUGCAGCCCCAGCUCCUGCAGUACCCACCCCGGGGGAGCCUGCCGCCCCAGCUGCUGCAAUGCCCACCCCAGGGAAGGCUGCCACCCCAGCUGCUGCAGUGCCCACCCCAGGGGAGGCUGCCGCCCCAGCUACUGCAGUGCCCACCCCAGGGGAGCCUGCCACCCCAGUUGCUGCAGUGCCCACCCCAGGGGAGCCUGCCGCCCCAGUUGCUGCAGUGCCCACCCCAGGGGAGCCUGCCGCCCCAGCUGCUGCAGUGCCCACCCCAGGGGAGCCUGCACCUCCCACUACUGUGGUGCCCACCCCAGAGGAGCCUGCCACCCCAGCUGCUGCAGUGCCCACCCCAGGGGAGUUUGUAGCCCUGGCUGCUGCAGUGUCCACCCCAGAGGAGUCUGCAGCCCCAGCUGCUGCAGUGCCUACCCAAGGGGAGUUUGCAGCCCUAGCUGCUGCAGUGUCCACCCCUGAGGAGCCUGCCGCCCCAGCUGCUGCAGUACCCAUCCCAGGGGAGCCUGCUGCCCCUACUGCUGCAGUGCCCACCCCAGGGGAGCCUGCCGCCCCGGCUGCUGCAGUGCCUGCUGUGGAGGAAGUGUUCCCUGCUGGCGUACCCUUCCAGGGAGAUACUGCCCAUACUGACUCAGUGCCUGUCUUAGAAGAAGGAAGUCCUGUUCUAGAGGAGGCUUCCCCUGCUGGAAUGUGGAUCAAGGAGGACCUUGAUUCCCCAGCAUUUGGAAUGAAAGAGGUGACUGGCACAGUGCUGCAUGGGAAAGUGCCUCUGGCUGCAGUUGAUGGAUUAAAUUCAAAUGAGGUAAUUGUUGCUCAUAUUGUUGGGGAAGGACUGGAGAGUAAAGUGAGAUUUACAAGUUCUCUGACUUGGUGGUGA